CCUCUGGGUUGCAGGAGCUGUGUAGCCUCAGUCUAGCGCUGGCUUCUGCGGAGAGAGGAGCUGUGACUAUGGGCAGCCUUACUGCUGUGUGCGCCUUCGUGGCCGUUGUGAUCGUACCUAGCCUGGCCGGCUACAUUGAGGCCCUGGCGGCAAAUGCUGCCGUAGGAUUCGCGGUGUCCGAGCCGCAAGUGGCGAUGUUCUGCGGAAAAUUGAACAUGCACAUAAACGUUCAGACUGGCAAAUGGGAACCCGAUCCUUCAGGAAGCAAGAGCUGUGUCCAGACCAAGGAGGAGGUUUUACAGUAUUGCCAGGAGGUCUACCCAGACUUUCAGAUCAGCAACGUAGUGGAGGCCAACCAGCCCGUCAGCAUUGAUAACUGGUGUAAGAAGGGCAAGAAGAACUGCAAGGGACACAGUCAUAUCGUCCUGCCCUACAAUUGUCUGGUGGGAGACUUCGUCAGUGAUGUUCUUCUAGUGCCUGAGAAAUGCAAGUUCUUCCACAAGGAACGGAUGGAUGUGUGCGAGAGUCACCAACAUUGGCAGAACGUGGCUAGAGAGGCCUGUAUGACAGAGGUCAUGGUCUUGCACAGUUACGGCAUGCUGCUUCCAUGCGCCAUCGAUCAAUUCCGCGGUACGGAAUAUGUCUGCUGUCCCCAGGCCAAGAAGGUAGAGGAACCGCUCUCCAAGGAGGUAGAUGAGGAGGGGGAGGAUGAUGAUGAUGAGGAGGAGGAUGAUGAGCAGGAGGAAGAGGAAGAUGAUUAUGACUCGUACAAAAGGGAGUUCCCAACAGAGGCAGAUGUGGAGGACUUCACAGCUGCAGCAGCAGAGGAUGAGGAGGAGGAGGUUGAGGAUGAAGACGAUGUGGUGGAAGACAGAGAUUACUACUACGACAAUUACAAGGAUGAGGAGGACUACAACGAAGAGACUACCACAGAGGUGGUAAAUGGACAGACAUUAUCUGGAAAAGAAAUAAUGUCAGACGUAAAAGCUGUCUGCUCUCAAGAGGCCAUUACCGGUCCCUGCCGUGCCAUGUUUAUGCGCUGGCAUUUCAAUGCCCCCCUGAAAAAGUGUGUCCGGUUUGUAUACGGCGGCUGCGGUGGGAACAGGAACAAUUUUGAGUCUGAGGAGUAUUGCAUGGCGGUUUGCAAAGUGACCAUUCCCACCACUGCCGCUCCAGCUGACGAUGUGGACAUCUAUCUAGAGACUCCCGCUGAUGACAAUGAGCACGCCCGCUUCCAGAAAGCGAAAGAGCAGCUGGAAGUCAGACACCGGAACCGUAUGGAUCGGGCCAGACAAGAGUGGGAAGAAGCUGGGCGUCAGGCUAAGAACCUGCCGAAGACUGAGAAGCAAACCCUGAUACAGCAUUACCAGGCCACCGUGAAGGCUCUGGAGAAGGAGGCCGCCCAUGAGAAGCAACAGCUCGUAGAGAGGCACCUGGAGCACGUGGAGGGCAUGCUGAACGACAAACGCCGCGUUGCUCUGGAGAACUACCUUUCUGCCCUGCAAGCUCCUUCCCCCCGUCCCCACCGUAUCCUCCAGGCCCUGAAGCGUUAUGUGCGGGCUGAAAACAAGGACAGGCUACACACCAUCCGCCACUACGAGCAUGUCCUCACCGUGGAUCCGGAGAAAGCCGCACAGAUGAAGUCCCAGGUGGUGACCCAUCUCCGUGUGAUUGAGGAAAGAAUGAACCAGAGCUUGUCCCUCCUCUACAAAGUUCCGUACGUUGCUGAUGAAAUUCAGGAUGAAAUCGAUGAACUGUUCCAGGAGCAGCGAGCGGAUAUGGACCAGUUCACUUCCUCUUUCUCCGAGUCACAGGGAGACGUCCAGGUGAGCUCGGAGGAGAGCGAGGAGACCCCAGUAAGAGAGGGCGCCCCCUUCCGACCUUUCCAGGUGAAAACCUUCCCGGCAAUCACAGAAUCAGAAGAAUCGCAACGGGACUCCUACCUACCAGUGAGAAAAGGCUCCGGUAUGGCGGAUAAACCUCUCAUUGGUGCAGAAGAGAAGAUUCUCAACAGCAAGAGCAAAGCUGACAAAGUGGUGAUUGAUGAGACGCUUGAUGUGAAGGAAAUGAUUUUCAAUGCAGAAAGAGUCAGUGAACUAGUGGAUGAGCGGGACACAGACGGACCCCUGCGCAGUGAGUUCAGCUUCAGCAGCGGCACCCUAAUUGGCUUACUCGUCAUUGCGGUGGCCGUGGCUACCAUCAUAGUCAUCAGUCUCGUCCUGCUGCGGAAGAGGCAAUAUGGCACCAUCAGCCACGGGAUUGUAGAGGUGGACCCCAUGUUAACCCCUGAAGAACGUCACCUGAACAAGAUGCAGAACCACGGUUAUGAGAACCCCACUUACAAAUACUUAGAGCAGAUGCAGAUCUGAGACACCUGAUGGAGUUUGGGAGGGGGGUGGGUGGGGCUUGGGGUACAUAAGCCUGGGUAAGGGGGUAUUUAGCGGGAAAUGGGGCCAAAGAUAAUGAUCGGGGGUUGAUUUGGAUUUCACUACUGACCAAUUGUGUUGGAGAGAGGUUGCCCGUUUCCCCGGGCACUCUUGGACUCUAAGUAUCACUUUCGAGAUUUCAUUUUUCCAUUUUAUUUUAUUUUUUUCAUUUUUUUUAAAUGGGUGACAAAAUAGGUAAUACGGAGUCUUCACUGAAUAUUUUAUCGCUGAUCUUUUAAGAUGUAGGUUUUUUUUGUUUAUCAGAAAGAUGCCAUUCAGAUCACUUUGUGUGUGUGUGUGUGUGUGUGUGCGUGUCUGUCUCUUGCAUACUAUAUAAAUAUAUAUAAAUAUAUAUAUAGAUAAAUGGGAAAAUGUUUAUUUCUGGUUUCAGUAGAAUGUGUGUUUAUGCCGCCUCUUUCUAUUCUGCUGGCUUAUUUAAAAAAACAAAACUGAAAAAAAAAAAAGUACAAACGUAAAUGAAUCAAAUCAUUGAAGUUAAAAUAUUGGGAAUGAUUACUAUGUAAAUUGCUAUCAUUGUGUUGCUGCUUUUAUUUUGUUUUUUUGUUUUUUUCUUUAACAAUGGACGGCUGUUAAUAGAGUGGUGUUCGAGGCAAUCUAGCUAUAAAGUACGGGGGGGUCCCCGUGUCUUGAGUGGGGCAACGCUUAUAAGCUGCUGUCGCACUAACCUGUUAGACUGGAUGUUCUUAAAAUCCUGCUCGUGGGCAGCGAAUGUGUACUACUGAUGUACCCAUUGGGUGUCUGGGCCCGUGGGUAUGAUGCUAGGGAGCGAAGGUUACCAGGGAACAAUGCUUUCUUGUUCUUGUCCAUUCCAUACAAAAGUUGAUUUCUAGCCAUUUGGGGUUUGUGUGGGAUUGCCAAAUUGGUACAGUUGCACUUUACUCACCCCUUCCCCAAAUUAUAAUAUUGGUAGCAAGAAGAAUGUGGGGACUGAUGUAAGACACAAGAGGGACGCUGAAUGCCAGCUUAUGGUUUUGGGUCCAGAGUCGAUUAAUCACUGUGUGGCAGCGGACUGGGCACACUGAGUCUCCCGUCCUGGUUAUAACAUGUGGGUGUAGGGGGGCAGCGCAGGUUUCUGGAGUUUAGAUCCCCACCCCGUAUCUGUACUGCUUGUAAAUUUAAUGUCCGCAAUCACUGCCUCAUCUCAGAUUUUAUUACUUUCAUUAAGGUUCCGGUAACCUGUGGUCGUUUCGUCUUUAUACUUUUUUUUUUUUUUUUUUUCUAUUCCUCUUUUUUAUUUUACUGUGUUUUUAGUUUUUUGUUUUUUUCUCAUUCCCCCCCCCCCCUGUCCUUUAAAUUCAGAUCGCACUAUGCACAGAUCCAACUUUAACCUGCAAGAUCCUUUUUGUGUGUUCUGUGGGGAAUGUAAAAAUUGGAAAACACAUCAAUAAACACUAACUUCCAUAAAA